CUCUGACAGAGAGGCUGAAUGUCUGCAGGACAUCCUUUUCUCUACUAACCACCAGCAGGGUUGGCAUACCAACACUCCGCUCCACACAGACAGGACGAGCAGGGUUACCAUAUAUACACACAGAGACCCACACUUCGCUCCACAAAGACACGACGAGCAGGGUUGGCAUAUAGACGCACAGAGACCCACACUCCGCUCCACACAGACAGGACGAGCAGGGUUGGCAUAUAGACGCACAGAGACCCACACUCCGCUCCACACAGACAGGACGAGCAGGGUUGGCAUAUAGACGCACAGAGACCCACACUCCGCUCCACACAGACAGGACGAGCAGGGUUGGCAUAUAGACGCACAGAGACCCACACUCCGCUCCACACAGACAGGACGCGGUUCUCUAUAACUGAACUGAAAACAGCUUACAGAAAACAACAUUGCAAAUCAUUGGAAGUCAGUAAAGUUAGUGACUCCUAGAGAGUUGCAUGUGGAACUGUUGUUUACGUGCGGAAGCAUCUUUAGGUUUAGGGGCCAAUUUUGCUUUGAAGUUUGCUCUCUUUUUUUUUUAUCUUACCUUGAAGGCAUCACUGAGAUAAGUCAUUAUUGAUACGGUGAUCAGAGCUAGCUCACUCUAAAGGAGAAUACACAUUUGGGGUAGCCAUUUGGGCUAGCCUCUUGACUUUUUGGCCACCAUGUGGGAGUUCCGGUCCAUGUCGUUCUGGCGGGCGGUGUUCGCUGAGUUCUAUGGCACCAUGUUCUUUGUGUUCUUUGGUCUGGGGGCGGCUCUGCGCUGGACCACCGGGUCCCACAACGUUCUCCACGUGGCUUUCUGCUUCGGCCUGGCCGCUGCCACCCUCAUCCAGUCCAUCGGUCACAUCAGUGGUGGACACAUCAACCCGGCUGUCACCUUUGCCUACUUGAUUGGCUCCCAGAUGUCCCUGUUCCGCGCUGUCUUCUACAUCGUGGCCCAGUGUCUGGGGGCGCUGGCUGGGGCCGCUGUGCUCUACUCGGUCACCCCCAACAACAUGAGGGGCAACCUGGCACUCAACAUGCUGCAGCCAGGUAUCAGCCUGGGCAUGGCCACAACCGUGGAGGUGUUCCUCACCCUGCAGCUGGUUGUCUGCAUCUUCGCUGUGACCGACGAGAGGCGUAACGGACGCCUGGGCUCUGCCGCCCUGGCCAUCGGCUUCUCUGUUCUCAUAGGACAUCUGUUGGGGAUGUACUAUACCGGUACUGGAAUGAACCCUGCCAGGUCCUUCGCCCCCGCUGUGCUGGUCAGAAAAUUUGUCAACCACUGGGUGUACUGGGUGGGUCCGAUGAUUGGCGGUGCUAUGGGAGCUAUUAUCUAUGAUUUCAUGCUGUUCCCCCGCAUGCGCAGUCUCUCUGAGAGGAUGGCCAUCCUGAAGGGUACCAGGCCCCCAGAGGCUGAGAGCCAGCAAGACGCCAGAGGAGAGCCCAUCGAGCUCAAGACUCAGGCCCUAUAAGCCUGGUGAAAAGGGUUGGCUUUCUGAACUCCAUAUUCCCCUAUUCUGUACACUAUUCCCCUAUUCUGUACAAAUGGCAUAUAUACACAAACCUCGUCCGAACCCUCAACCCUACCCAACACACAUACACACACAUUUCUCUUCCUCUCUAACCCACACACCCACAUAGUACACAAAGACCACCACGACAACUCCACCUUUCUCACCCUCCUCAUCCUUACUCUGCUGAUCCAGAAACAGUACAUGCUGAAUUACUGGGCAGCCAAAGCUCUAACCCUCCUCCGACCUGUGAACUAUGACCCCCUCCCCUCCUUGGACAGCAGGACAAAGAUGGAGGGUAAGAAGAGGACUUAGUGGCCACUGAAGAAAGCACCCUGUGCGGCCUGUUGUGUAGGGAGUGGGUCUGUCCUGGCUGACCAGGUGGCUGUAACUGCUCAGGACAGGGGCAUCUCUCUCUCUCUUCUUUUCUAUCUAUAUUUUGUAGUCUGCUAGGAGUGUAGCUACAGUAGAGCAGUGAACUUCAUGCUAUUUCUAUUUUUUAAUGAAACUUCUGGUACCUGAUGUGUAUGUUAUUAUUAUGCCCUUGAAGAAUUUCUAGGGAUUUUUUUUCAACUCUAGUUAUAUUUUCAAGUCAUGCGUUGUGUUGUUUGUGCGUGUUUUAGGAGACCAUUGUUAUUAUUAUAAUUUUUUUUCAUUAACAAUUCCUUUGUUCGUCAUCAUGCUGUUUUACAGUACGUAGUUUACCUUUAUUUAACUAGGCAAGUCACUUAUUUACAAUGACAACCUACGGGGGAACAGUGGGUUGACUGUUCAGUGACACAACAACAGAUUUGUACCUUGUUAGACUGCAGCCUAUUCUAAGGGAAAGAAGCAUCUUUUGUCCCCCUCUUCCUCAAUGAAAGUUCUGAUUCAUUACUAGCAACAUAUUUAGAGUGCUCCCCUUUUGUUCAAAACCCCUUCAAUUUUUAGCUGUCUUUUUAAAAAUUGUUCUGUCUAAUUGUAGACUGUCUCUUCUAGGGGAGCACAAACAGUCAGAUUUAUAUGAAAAUUAACACACACAAAAACUCAAUCUCCAUUUCUAUUUAAACACAUUAUCUUGAAAUUGUAUAUUAUUUUUCAUUUAGUAUUACAAAAUUCCACUUCUUUGACCUGAUGUCUCUCAACUUUGACUUUUUACAGCCAUGAUAAGUGCCUGAAGACAUAAAAGGGUUUCUACUGUAUGCAGUUCAGUACCAGUAUUAUCUGUGCCAGACUGUUAUGUUUUACUCUGUUUCUGGAAUGCUGGGGGUUUUUCAUUAAAGGUUUUGCUGUUACAGCGGUUUCAUGUA